AUGGUAGAGCCAGAAGAUAAUGAAAUAGAGGCCACUGGAUUGCAACAGUAUAGCGGUGAUAGCACACGCGAUGACGAUGAGGAAAACACGAACGAUUCUUUCACACUAACAUCUAGACAUAGGGGCCGGAGUAAUACCAUAUCUAGUAUCGUCAGCGGAUACGAGAUAGUGAAGGAACACAUGGACAAGGAACGGUUUAUAUACUUGAUUCUGGCUAGUCUACUUCUAUACUUGAGCUUUGUGGCAGCGUUUGCUCCUAGGACGUCAUUGUCAAGAGACUUCCGACGGUUCCACUCUUCCAAGUUGACUAAUGCUGAAGUAUACAGAAUAUACUUGAAUUCGUUACAACAGGAGAAUAAAGCAAAAGAACAUGUGUACAAGUAUGCCGGCCACAUGGAUAGUGAACUGGGUGCCUCGUCGGCGCUUAAGUAUACUUUGGACGAGUUUCUGGAUAUGGAAUAUAAACCCAAAAUCGAAAAGUACUAUCCUUGGGUUGGUGAGUUGGUAGACACUAACGUAGCUCUUUUGGAAGAUGACAGAGUGAUUUACCAAGCCAGUAUGGUCGAAGACAGAAUCAGAGACGAUCCCGCUACACACAUGAAAAGAAGACAAAAAGGUUUUCAUCAAUACUCAAAAAAUGGGAACGUGACUGCUCAGUACGUGUUCUGUAAUUAUGGCAGCAUAGAAGACUAUAAACGACUUUUGAACAAGAACAUUGAUAUUGAGGACAAGAUUCACAUUGUACGAUCGGGUAAAUUAGUAUCUGGGCUAAAGGUCAAGAAUGCCGAACUUUAUGGUGCUUCUAGUGUUAUCAUCUAUACAGACCCCUUUGAUGAUGGUAAAGUUACCGAAAAAGAUGGCUAUUUACAUUAUCCUUAUGGUCCAGCAAGAAACCCAAGUUAUAUUGAGAGAGACGCAGUUAAUUAUUUUAGCGAUACCCCAGGGGAUCCAACGACCCCAGGCUACCCUUCCAAGGAUUAUGACACUGAACAUAUGUCACCUGUAGGAAGAGUACCGAGGAUACCAUCUGUACCGAUGAGUGCCAAGGAUAUUCAACCAAUCUUAGAAAAAUUGAACGGUAAAGGGUUCCAAAUCGGUCCUGGUAGUAAUAUCAAAAAAUUUAGAUCAUUCACGGGACCUUCUAGUUUCAAAGAUAAGGUUCAUCUGCACAACGAAUUAAACUACACCAUUAAAGAAAUUGCUAGUAUAGAAGUUAGCAUCCCUGGUAUAUUUACUGAGGGAGAGAUUAUAAUUGGAGCUCAUAGAGAUUCAUUGGCUUUAAGCAGUGCUGGCGAUGCUAGUAGCGGCAGCGCUAUUCUUUUGGAAAUUGCACGAGGCAUGAGCCGAUUAUUAAAACAUGGUUGGAAACCAUUACGUCCCAUCAAACUAAUUAGUUGGGAUGGURAAAGAUCAGGUUUACUCGGUUCCACAGAUUAUGCAGAAGCUCAUUCCGCCAUACUCAGAAGAAGAGCAUUGGUGUAUCUCAAUCUAGAUAAUGCUGUUUCUGGGACUAGCUUCCAUUGUAAAGCCAACCCGCUUUUACAAGACGUCAUUUACGAAGCCGCUAAGCUUACUGAGUUUAAUGGUCACGAGGAUCGGACAUUGUACGACCAUUGGAAACAUGAUUCUAAUGCUACUAUUUCAUUACUUGACGGUUUGUCGAGCUACAACUCGUUCCAAUACCAUCUCGGAGUGCCUGCAGCGAACUUCCAGUUUAGUGCUAAUGACACCUCGGGCGCAGUUUAUCACGGCAACUCCAUUCUCGAUAGUCCGGCUUGGUUAGAAAAGUUCACCAGCUCCGACUAUAAGUUGCACAACACCAUGGCCAUGUUUGUUGGUUUAACAACGCUGAUGCUCAGUGAAAAUGAGCUCGCAAGAUUUAACACUCACGUUUACCUAAAAAAGACGUACAAUUGGUACAUUGAGUGGUACUCCAAACUAUCAUCGGCAUUCCCUCACGACCAAGAAUUGGCCCAUCUAGCGAAAAGGGUCCUAGACCUUUUGAAAGUCGCCACUUGGGAAGAUAGUGUUCGAUUUGAUAAGCAAAAUGAACUUCUAUAUAAAGAAUGUAGAGAAGCUCUCCCCGUUUGGACGUUUUACAAGAAAAUUAAGAGCUAUAUUAAGUUGCAAAGAUCGAACAGCAAAUCGAAACAAAUUGAUCAACUAUUUAUCACACACAGAGGGCUGAAAGAUAGGGAAUGGAUGAAAUAUUCCCUCUUGGAGCCUGAUAAAUUCCAAGGGUCCGUGGGGGAUGUUUUGCCUGGCCUUCAUGAAGCGUUGGAUGAUAUGGAUAGAGAAGAGGUAGCUCAGUGGCUAACCAUUCUGUUAAGCCAAUUCAGCAACGUUCGUUACUUACUCCAGUAA